AUGUCAAACGCACUCUCUGACGCGGAUAAGAUCCGCAAUAAGCGCCUUGCGAAACUUUCCAACCCAGUCCCCUCCUCUGGAGACGGCUCAUCAGACUCUCCCCCGAACUCCGCUAUUUCCUCCCCCUCACAUUCGCCAAUCAGUGGAUCACGUCCGGCAUCACCGUCCAAUGCACAGACCCCUCAGCGCUUUGAAGGAAAGAGGAUCAAGAUCACACCUACUACUCCUGCUCCGGAGCGACCGCGCUCCACUGCGCCCUCCACACCGGGGACCCCUCCGCCCUCAAAAAUGGAGACUAUUGAGACAUUCGAAGACCGGACUUUGAGUGCUGUCUUCAAACUUACAUUGAAAGAGGAGGGCUCCCGAGACCUGUACAGUCAAAGAGUUGAUCUUCCUGGGUUGCGUGCAGAGCUGAAGAAUGAAGGUAAAGAACUACUCCUUCGCACAGCGUUUUUGGACCAAGCACUUUUAGAAGCUGCUUCCAAGGCCGAGAAAGGCCGUCCCUUAGACUACCUCCUGCCAUGUUGGAAGCGGAUCACAAAGUUGCAUAAGGGAUUCCGACGUACAACAGAUGAUGAUCCUAAAUUCCAGGUCCUCUGUGAGGCCCGUCGGCUUUGCAUGAGUUACUGCAUUUUUGGAAUUACCAUGCCAGAAAUGUUCGGCCUUGAUUCACCAGAGCGUUCCACACUGGCACCAUACCUGCUGUUGGACCCAGAGGACGACAGAGGCGUUGACUUUGAAUUCAUUAGCGAGGCAGUCAAGCGAUCUGUUCCAGAUCAAGAUGGCAGUGUUGAAGAUAGCUCUAUCAAGCCCGCUUUCAUUGCUGCUGUUGAGGAACUCAGUGCAGGUCUAUCUAAAAUGGACAUUAAUGAUGAUUACAAGCCUUAUUCUAUGGCAUUGCGAAACCUUGUUCGCCAUUCACACAUUGCUGCUGCAAUUACCGAAUCGGCCAUCUUCAACUCGUCAACAGAUCCAGCACAGUUUGAGAAGGUCACUCUUUUGGGGCCAUGGUUCAGUCUUUCGCCGUUGCAACCCAACAUUCCAUUGUCAUAUUUCUCAAGCCCCAAGACUCGGGACCAAGCAUCUAUCUUGAACGCGCAGCGGUCUCUUCGAAUGACACAGCAGUUGAUUAGCUCCGACCUGCUGGAUGUUAUUAACCACAUGAUUCGUGCCUCACCAGACGCCAGAAACCGAGUGCUGGACUGGUUUGCAACCGUUUUGAACAUCAACCAUAAACGUCGAGCUAUGCAGGUCAAGACCGACGAGGUUACCUCGGACGGGUUCAUGUUCAACCUCACAACUUGUCUGGACCAGCUUUGCGAGCCGUUCAUGGACGCCUCCUUCAGCAAGAUCCAUCGCAUUGAGGCAGAAUAUCUUCAUCGGAACCCCCGAGUUGACAUGCGGGACGAGACCAAGAUCAAUGCAGACCAGCAUGAAUCAGAUGCCUUUUAUGCGCAAAAGGCCGAGGGAUCAACCAACUUUAUCACGGAUAUCUUUUUCUUGACGGUGGCCGCCCAUCACUAUGGCAGUGAAUCGCUGACCUCCAAGCUUGAACAGCUUGACAAGGACGUGCGACAUAUGGAGAAUGCCAUCACACAAUUUGAAAAUGAUGAGCACCGGUACUCCGGAAACCCAGUACAGAUGCGAGUGUUUGAGCAAACACUGAAGAAGUACAAGAACGAGGUCGACCGAGCGAUGGCGUUGAAGUACAGUCUUCAAGGUGUACUGUUUGAUGACCAAUGGCAAGCACGCUCAAUGUUUUUCAUGCGCUAUGUGACAGUCUGGCUCCUGCGACUAGCCUCGGGUGUGGAUUUCCCCAAACAGAAAAUCAGCCUGCCUCUACCCGAGCAACAACCCGAGGUUUUCAAAUGCUUGCCUGAAUACUUCCUGGAUGAUAUUGUCAGCAACUUCAAAUUUAUCAUGUGGUGUUUGCCACAGAUCAUUACUGCUACCCAAGGAGAUGAAUUGGUCAUGCUGUGCAUUGCCUUCUUGGAGAGUUCUACCUACGUUAAGAACCCAUACCUUAAGGCUGGACUCGUUUCCAUCUUAUUCCGUGGUACAUGGGACCGCCCUGGAGGUGCCCGUGGUGUCUUGGUCGAUCUUCUCAACUCCAUGUCCUUUGCCAAUGAGAAUCUUCUCCAUGCCGUUAUGAAAUUCUACAUUGAGGCAGAGCACACCGGCACUCACACCCAGUUCUUUGAUAAGUUCAAUAUUCGAUAUGAGAUUUUCCAGAUUAUCAAGUGCAUUUGGCCCAAUACCCUUUACCGGGAGAAGCUGUCCAUCCAAGCCAGCCAGAACUUGGAUUUCUUUGUCCAGUUUGUGAAUCUGCUUCUCAACGAUGUGACUUACGUGCUGGAUGAGUCCUUUGGUGCUUUCAAGACCAUCAAUACCACCCAGCAGGCAUUGGCCCGAGAAGGCCACACAAUGGAUCCUACCACACGAAAAGAGCAAGAAGAGAAACUGGCAAAUGCCCAACGCAGUGCGAAAUCUUACAUGCAGUUAACUAACGAGACGGUCUCGAUGCUCAAGCUUUUCACUGAUGCCUUGGCUGAUUCUUUCACUAUGCCGGAGAUUGUUCAACGUCUGGCUGACAUGUUGGACUACAACCUUGAUGCUAUGGUGGGGCCGAAGAGCUCUACCUUGCGUGUUGAUAAUCUUCAAGAAUAUGGAUUCAACCCCCGUGCCCUUCUAAGUGAGAUUAUCGACGUGUAUCUGAACUUGAUGUCUAAACAUAAUUUCAUUACUGCUGUUGCUCGCGAUGGCCGAUCAUAUAAGCCAGCGAACUUUGACAAAGCGGCUGAGAUUUUACGCAAAUGGUCUCUCAAGUCACCAGAGGAGCUGAGGCGCUGGACCCAACUGCAGAAGAAGGUUGUGGAGGCCAAGGCCAUCGAUGAACAAGCAGAGGAGGACCUGGGCGAGAUCCCCGACGAGUUCCUGGAUCCCCUCAUGUACACCCUGAUGGAAGAUCCAGUCAUCCUUCCCAGCUCCCGCAUGACAAUGGACCGUGCUACUAUCCGAUCACAUCUGCUUAGCGACCCCAAUGAUCCAUUUAACCGUGUCCCAUUAACCAUGGAGGACAUCAUAGCUGACACCGAGCUCAAGGCGAAGAUUGAAGCGUUCAAGGCCGAAAAAACGGGACGCAAGUCCGCAUCAGAGCAGAUGGAUACCAGUGUUUAA